AUGAAUCCAGCGGCUUAUACUACCGUCUAUGACAUUCUCAACUUUCUCAUUAAUCGCACCAGAAACGAAUAUGAACCACGUAUUUUGUUGAACGACCUUGAGGGCGCGCUCAGUAUGCUUGCAAAACUCGUUCGUGAUGUGCGCACAAUGGAUCGAGGCUAUAGCGAGGCAGAUCUUCAGCAUUGUUUAGAGGAAAUGCAACGCCGGCAUGAAUGGGCAGAGUUCAACUCUUAUAUGGAAGGUCGUUCAGCACCGCCUCCCCUGAUUCUCUGGCGUGCACAUAACUUCGAUACACCUUACGAAGUCAUUGACGAGAAUACAUCCAACCUUGUCCGGAACUUCGCUUCGGACUUGCACAAAUGGAACGAAAUGGAGAGUGCCUCUGAGAUUACCGUAACUCUACCUUCAUUUCAUGAGUUAGACUUCACCCUAGGUGACCUGGCAAAUGAACUAUCAUCGCAUUUGAAGAAAACCCAGAUAAAUCAGCAAAGAUCAGACAGAGGAAAAGAUAGACUUCAUACGAAUCUGGUUUCGCUGAGUGGGGAUUUGAGGUGGACCAUGCAUUAUACUAGCCAGAAAGCCAAGGCUGCGCUGAAUCACGAUGAGGUCGGAAUCGCUGCUUUUGAUACUAAAGCCCUCCGUUCGAUGGGAAUAGAGAUUUGGAGAGUCAAAGACAUUAUUGAAUUCCUAGAAAGCAAGCCAGGGCUUCUCCCAGGAGGCUUAUUUGAUAAGUAUGCGAAACAAUGGGCAAAAAAUGCCGACGAAUAUGUCAUCUGGGAUUACAUUGGGAGAGAUUGUCUUAUUAAUUUCUGUAGCUGGGUCUCACUCUUCCAGCAGCCAGGAAUCGACAAAGAAAAAUUCUUACUGGAGCAAUUUGUGGACUCAAAGAAUCUGGGUUAUUUUGCAAAAGAUUAUGGUUGGAGACCUAUGACGUUAAAACUGGAGGAGUACGUGGAUCGAGCGGCUGACUUUGCCCAGGCUUUACUGGGUGGCGACAGAAUAAUAACCCCCGACACGAUAAGGAUCACGGCUUCUCCCCUCUCAAGGCCCAGCGACUGGGGAUAUCGCAUUCGUGAUAGCUGUCAAAUUACCGAAGAUCUAAUAAUGCAAAAAAUUAUGGCUGAGAUUAUGAAAAACUUCGUUCCUGAGGACGCAACAACACCGGCUGAAGACAGAACGGUUUCAGGUGCCGAAGACCAUGAUGAUAUUGUUAGCAAUGCUGAUCAUCACCGCAUACCGUACAUCAUCGAAAAGGCUCAGAACCUGACAAUAGAUGAUGCUGAUAGUGGUCUUGAGAGAUGA